AUGGCGUGGGCAGCCCCAGCCCUGGCAGCUGCCACCCUCUGCCUCCGUGUCACCGCAGACCCGCUGAAAGCCACAGCGGCUGCCCUGAUUUUUGGAGCCGUCCUGUCCAACGCUGAGCAUCCCCACCUCGGGGCGCUGGUGUGUGACCUGGAGCCGGGCACCAUCCCGGCUUCGGAUCCCAAAAUCCUGGAGAAGCUGAAGCUCUGCCCGGCGCUGACGGCGGCACAGCAGGACGCCCUCAAUGCCCUGCUCCUCUCGGGGGACACAGCGUACGGGGAUCCCUCAAGCUGGGAUUUACAGACUCUGCAAGAUUUGGGGCCGCUCGUGCUGGCGUUGAACCAGACCACGCUGAGUUUGGUGGCCGAGGCAGCACGGGAGGAUUUCAGGAGGAGCAUCGCUGCCGCCUACAUCAGCCAGGGACGUUCGCAGCGGGAGAAAUCCCUGAUCCUCCUCAGGGCGCUCGCAGCAGCAUCAGCUGCCUCCCAGCCCCGGCUGAAGCGCAGCACGGACCGCUGCCAGUCCAAGCCCAUCACUGCCAGCAACAUCGAUGACAUCAUCUUCUACCUCUCCCCUGACAUGCUUGACCAGCUCGACCUGUGCCUGAGUAAUGAUGUGCUAAUACAAAACCUGGAGGCUGUGCUGGCUUGGCCAAUCACCUCAGAGGCUUCCUGGGUCCUGAAAAAAAAGGUGGAUGAGUUUUUCCAGGAGUCAGGGAUCCCAGAGGAGCAGCUGAAGCGCCUGGGGGUGCUGUCCCGCCUGUACACAGAGCAGGAGAUCAGCAAGUGGCCGGUGACAUCCAGUGACACCCUCUCAGCCCUGCUCAGUGGCUCAGGAGGAGAGUGGGAUGAUUCCCAGGUGCAGCAGCUGCUCAGCACGUACCUGGCCCUGGGGGGCUCCUUGACGGGGCCCCUGCUCCAGGAAAUCGGAGGCAGGCACCUGUGCAACCUGCAGGAGGAGCAGAUCCAGCAGAUCCCUGCUGCAGCCAUAGGGACUGCUGGGCAGUUGAACAUCUCUUCAUGCUCCCAAUCCAAGAAGAAGCAGCUCUAUGGGAAGGCCCGGGAGGCCUUUGCCAGCCCGGCCAGCACCCCUGGCCCCUAUUACUGCCAGAUCCGGCCGUACCUGGGUGGAGCUCCAGCAGAAGAUCUGAAGAACUUGGCUAAUGGUGGUGUGGCCAUAAACAUGGAUCUGGACACCUUCCUCACCCUAAAUCCUGAGGAAUUGCAGAAACUCAGCGUCACUGACGUGAAACUUUUGCUGGGGGAAAACCUCCCUGAGCUGAAGGAGCACGAGCAGGAGCCCGCGGUGGUGAGCUGGGUGCAGCUGCAAUCCCAGCGGGAGCUGGACUGCGUGCUGGGCAUCGGCCUGCAGGGGGGGCGGCCCGAGCCCACGGGGACAGCCAGCCCUGCUGCCACCUCCACGGCCGCUGCCACCACCCCUGUGCCCACCACCCCGGCCAGCGGCACCUCCAUGGCACCUUGGCCAGUGCCACCACCAUCCCCAUCUCCCACUGUCACCCCUGUCCCUAACCCCUCCUCUGCUCCCACUGCCACCCUUGUCCCCAAUCCCACCUCUGCUCCCACUGCUACCCACAGCACUACAAGCCCGGGCUCCUCCACGGCCGCACCGUGCCAGCCCAGCUCCCCUGCCAGCCCCAAACCCACAGCUGGGAGCGUCCCAGAGCCAGCACAGACAACUUCCAAUGGCUACAUCAACCUGCAGCCUGAGCCUGGAUCAGGAUCCAGGCUCUGCUCCUGCCUCGCUCUCCUGCUGGCAGCCACCGUGGGGAACGUCCUGCUGCUCUGA